AUGUCGAGAUCAUUUUUAGUGUCAUCGCUUUUGGCAGACGUGAAAGACGUAAAAGUCAGUGAAGCCGAAGACAAAAUGUGGCCGAAUCGGUCAGCGGUUGCAAGGAUUUUCAAUCCUGCGUUUCCGGGCAUGACUCGAUUACAAGUGUUACCACCUGGGGAAAAUCAUCAGCAAUCGCCACCUCCGAUGGAUUUUAGGAUAAGUGCACAUAGUAUGGAUUUAUCUUUAAAACGACCAGGGGAAUUACAAAGAACCUUUACCGAUUCGCCAGGGGAAUCCCUUGAUUGUACAAGCAAACGCCCAAGGACAGCGUUUUCUGGUGACCAACUUUUAAGGUUAGAACGCGAAUUUGCAGCUUCAGCCUAUUUAUCAAGACUCAGGCGUAUCGAAAUAGCCUCACAUUUGCGUUUGACCGAAAAACAAGUGAAAAUCUGGUUCCAAAACAGAAGGGUCAAACGCAAGAAGGACCAACAAAAUUCGCCAACAAACCCUUGUUGCAGUGCACCAGGAACCAGCAGAACUUUUAUACCGAAUUUAGAAGGUUACGACAUGCAAAAAACACCUAGUCCUGAAAGAGUCAACCGUAAUCAAUAUCAUCAUCACCAUCACGAUUAUCCGUGGAAUUUGUCUGCAGAAACGAAUCUUGCAUAUACCAGGAUGCAUCAACAAAGUCCUACAAAUUCUGUGAAAAGCGAACAUUCGAAUUGUAGUUGA